UUCUCUCCUCCCCCUCCCUUUUAAAUGGUUCAGUCCCAGCAGCAGCCGCAGAGCCGGCCAGUGUUUCACCCGGGACACGGUGCAGCUGACCGCGAUGGGAACCGCGAUACUUCUGGUCCUACUGCUGCCGCUGCUCUGCUUCUCUGUCGGGGAAGACGCCAAAGCAGAGGAGUCUGCUGCUGUUGUUAGAGAGUAUUAUAUAGCAGCUGUAGAAAUUGGCUGGGACUAUGUCUAUGCCGAUGUUGACCCAGCGUCUGACCAAAGGAAGAGAUCCAAAGAUAUUCCUCAAAAAUACGUCAAGGCAGUUUACAGGGAGUAUACAGAUUCCACAUACACUGUCCCCAAGCCAAGGCCAGCAUGGACAGGUAUUCAAGGUCCGGUGAUUGUUGGCCGAGCUGGUGACAGGGUGGUGGUCCACUUUAAAAACCUGGCCUCCCAGUCCUACAGCAUCAGCCCUGUGGGGAUCACCUACUGGAAACAGUCUGAAGGAGCCGGGUAUGAUGACUCUACAGCCGGCCAGGAGAAGGAGGACGAUGCUGUCUCUCCAGGAGGAUACUAUAAGUAUGUCUGGGACAUCAGCCACAAUGAUGGUCCCACCAUCAGCGACCCAGAGUGCGUAACCUACUCCUACUCAUCCCAGGUGGACACGGUCCGAGAUGUAAACUCAGGACUCAUUGGUGCCUUGCUCAUCUGCAAACCAAGUGCCUUCACAGAUAAUGGCAAGAGGAGGAAUCCAGCGUUUGUCCUGCUGUUUGCAGUGUUUGAUGAGACCAAGAGUUGGUAUGGAGAGGUUGGAGAGAGAAGGACCAGGGAGAAGUUCAAGAAAAGCACCGGCAGCAAGGAAUACCACACCAUCAAUGGAUACGUCAACUCUACGUUACCCGGAUUGACAAUGUGUCAAGGCCGUAAUCAUGUUUUCUGGCAUCUGAUUGGGAUGGGCACAGCUCCAGAAAUCCACUCCAUUCAGUUCCAGGGUCACACUCUGCAGGUGUUGACCCAUCGUAAAGUCACCAUGGAGGUGACCCCUAUGACAUUCAUCACUGCAGAAAUGAGACCUGCUACUAUUGGCCGCUUCCUUAUAAGCUGUCAGAUACAUGCUCACCGCCACGAUGGUAUGAAAGCUUUUUUCUCUGUGGAGAAAUGCCCUGACCCUGUCAGUCUGCCUGGACCUGACCUGCGUAACGUCAAACACAAAGAUUACGGGGACGACGGUGAAGACGGAAAUGAAGACUACAGUGACGAAGACGAAGAUUCGUUCAACACCAUAAGCUUGCAGCCUAGAAAACCACAAGUGCAAGCAAGAGCCAGCGGGGGACAGCCACCGAUAACCUGGCAGCAUUACAUCGCCAUUGAAGAGGUCACCUGGGACUAUGACUCUCAUCUCAAACCCACAAAUAGUGAGUUGCAGUCUGGAUAUUUGCCUGCAGCUCCCCAUCACCUGGGCUACAAGUACAAAAAGGCGGUGUAUGUGGAAUACACAGAUGGAUCUUUCACUCAGAGGAAGAAUCUGGCCAAGACACUGCUGGGUCCACUUCUGAAAGGAAAAAUCAACGAUCAAAUCCAAAUCACUCUCAGAAACUUCGCCAGUCACCCUUUUAACAUCUACCCCAAUGGCCUUACCAAGAUCUUUCCACUGCAAAGCUCCGCAAAUGCUGCAGAGAAGGACUUGCGCUUCGUGGCAGUUCCCCCAAACGGGACUUUUGGCUACAUUUGGAAGUUAACAACAGAUGAUGGGCCCUUGGAGGGAGACCCCGCGUGUCUGACCCAGCUGUAUCAGAGCACUGUGGCCCCAGAGAGGGACUUGGCCUCCGGGCUGGUGGGCACCCUGCUCAUCUGCAAGUACAAUGCCAUGGAUGUCAGCGGACGUCUGUUGGGCCCAGAUAAAGAGUGGAGCCUGAUUUUUGCUGUGUUCGAUGAGAACAAAAGUUGGUACAUCAACGAAAACAUGCAGAAGUCCAGCCAAAACCCCGCUAACACCACCGACCCCGAAUUCUACAACUCCAAUGUCAUUUACAGUAUAAACGGCGCCAUGUUCGGCGGUCGCCAAUUUGUGGUGUCUGAAACUGACGUCACCUUCUGGCACGUGGCCAAUGUGGGCACCCAGAGUAACUUCCUCUCUGUUUACUUUACUGGAAACCUAUUUCAAUACCAAGGCCUUUACCAGUCCGUCCUCACCCUCUUCCCCAUGACUGGCAUGACCAUUGACAUGGAAACUGAUCUGAUGGGUGAGUGGGAGAUCAGUGCCUACGAUGGCAGCCUCAAGAGUCGAGGGAUGAGCAUCCGUUACACCGUUCGUCAAAGCGACGAUGGAAACCAAGUUGAUCGUGAUGGGGUGGAAGACGAUAUCUCUGACUAUAUCGAUCAGAUAGAUCUACAGCCGAGGGGCAGAAGACCUGAAAAUCGCACACAUUUGGUUCAAGUGUGUAAAAAAAAUGUUGCUAAUAACAACACUCAACUAGUAAACAGUUCCAGUCAAAAUGUCACAAAUGGUGAUACUGGGGCAGAAUGUCAGCUGGAAGCAGAGGAAGGAAUCCCACAGGAUAUCUUGGAGGAUACAGAGAGAGAUGGGGAGUCGACCAUUUCUCAAAAUAGGAAUGAGCCUGGAGGAGAGGGGGGUGGUCGGCAGAGAAGACAGGCAGAGGGCAACUGGACAGAUGUAGAUAUCAGUUCUGGAGCCUCAGAAGAUGGAGGAACUGGGAUAGAGGUUACAAAAGAAGCUUUGGAAAAUAGAACUGACACUGGUUCCGAAGAUGAGGAGAGGAGUGAAAUGUCAAGUGUGAAUAAUGGGACAAAGGGAGAGCUUGAAAAGAGCAAUGAGAUUUUACUGAGCAGCAAUCCACAGCUGAACAAGAAGGUCUCAACUGUUGACCCAAGCUAUUCAGAAAACAUGGAUCAAAACCAUAUUCAGUCUGAACCCGAGCGACUUACAGUGGAUUUGCUGAAAUACAACUACACUGCUGAUAACAACAACGCACCAGGGAUUGAUCUGUCCCUUGAGUAUGAUGACUACAGCCAGGAGGUAAACGGGACAUCAGAUAUGACUGCCACAGAUUACAUGGACCUGCGCUCCGGAGAGCCCCGAUAUCGUCAUUACUACAUUGCUGCAGAAGAGAUCACCUGGAACUACGGCAUCAGAAAACCACAUCAGCUCAUCAAACCCAGAGAGAUGCGUCGAGGGAUGAGGAAGUUCCUCCCAGAGUACAAAAAGGUGGUGUUUCGAGAAUACAGCAAUGAAGAGUUCUUACUUCCUCUAGGCAGAGGGGAGCUCCAGGAACACCUAGGAAUCAUGGGACCUUUCAUCAGAGCUGAGAUUAAUGAUCUCCUUACCGUGGUCUUUAAGAACAAGGCAUCCAGGCCUUACUCCUUUCACCUUCAGGGAGUCUAUGACCGCAGCCAGGGGGCCGGCAUUAGCCAAAACCAUGCCACCUCUGCUCCACCUGGGGUCCCAGGAGAACCUGUGGCUCCUGGGGAGGCACGGACCUAUAACUGGAGAGUAACCAAGAAACAAGGACCAACCGACAAUGAAUUUCCCUGCAAGACUGGAGCUUACUUCUCCACUGUAGACAAGGAGAGGGACAUUCAUUCUGGUCUGAUUGGUCCACUGGUGAUCUGUAAGUCUGGUAUUCUCCGGACUCGUCAGAACACGCAGCGAGACGUCCAGGAGUUCGCCCUUCUCUUCCACACCUUUGAUGAAACUAAAAGCUGGUACCUGGAGGAGAACCUGCGACGACACUGUGCUCCACCCUGUCAGGCCAACACUGAGGACCCCUGGUUUCACAUCAGCAAUAAGUUUGCAGCUAUAAACGGCUAUGUGGCGGAGACACUUCCUGGUCUGUUGAUCGCCCAGCGCCAGCUCGUCAGGUGGCACCUGCUGAAUGUAGGAAGUGACGGAGAGUACCACACUGUGCACUUCCAUGGUUUGCCUUUCACUGUUCACACUGAAAAGAAACACCGUAUGGGUGUCUACAACCUCUUCCCUGGAGUGUUUGGCACGGUGGAGAUGACACCCCUCACAGUUGGCACGUGGCUGGUGGAGUGCACUAUAGGAGACUACCAGCUGGCCGGCAUGAGGGCUAAACUACUGGUCUAUGAUCGACGAUGUGUAUUGCCUCUGGGGAUGAAAUCAGGAAGGAUCGAGGAUUCCCAGAUCACAGCAUCAGAUCACAUAGGGAACUGGGAGCCGAGGCUGGCGAGGCUGGAUCAGUCUGGCUUUAUCAAUGCCUGGAUAGGUAAAAACCAGAUGUCGUGGAUACAGAUUGAUCUACAGAGGCCCACCCUGCUGCACGGUGUGCAGACGCAGGGAGUCAGGUCCAGCCUGAGGGACAACUACAUAGCAAUCUUCAACAUCUCUUACAGCCUGGACCAGGAGACUUGGAUCAAUUACAGAGGAAACAGAACCAGGAAGAACAAAGUAUUUUUUGGCAACAUGGACAGCUCCAAGGUGAAAACCAACCUCUUCACUCCACCAUUUGUGGCCCGCUACAUCAGGAUUCAGCCUAUGAGCUUUGUGUUGAAGCCCGCUCUCCGACUGGAGCUGCUGGGCUGUGAUAUUAACAGCUGCUCUCUCCCUCUCGGGCUUCAGAAGGAGCAGAUUCCUGACUCCAGCUUUAGUGCGUCCUCAUUCUAUUCCUCUCUGCUGCGUAACUGGAGCCCCAGCCUCGCCCGGCUUCACCUGGAAGGCGGCGCAAAUGCCUGGAGGCCAAGGAACAACAACCCUCACGAGUGGCUGCAGGUUGACUUGGGGAGAGUAAAACGCAUCACGGGUGUCCUAACCCAAGGAGCACGAUCAGUGUUGACCCAAAUGAUGGUGACUGAGUUCUCAGUCUCCGUCAGUCCUGAUGGACACUCCUGGAGCAGUGUGUUAGAGAAGAGCUCCCAAAAAGAAAAGAUCUUCACAGGAAACAGUGAUUCAGACGAAGAAGCACUCACUGUUUUUGAUCCACCUCUGUUUGGCCGCUACCUGCGCAUCCACCCGAGGGGUUGGCUCAAUGACAUUGCUCUGCGUCUGGAGGUUCUGGGCUGUGACACGCAACAGGUGCUCUGACAACACCAGGCAACUCCCCAAUGCCACGCAGCACCAUUUUAAUAACGUAAUGUAUCCUGGUUUUAUUGUGGAGUUUAACAAGUGAUGAAAGAGACGCUACUGCAUUUCCUCUGUGGCCACCACUUUGUUUACAUUUCUACCUUUUCACA